AGAAGUGGAGGGGGAAAACGAAGAACCGACCGAGUAUUAACUUCUGAAUGCUGGACAGGAAAUUUGACGUAGCCAGCUUUACGGAAAAUAGCAUUUAUUGCGCUCAGAGGUCGAGGAUCUGAGCGGCGCGGAUGACAAAGAAGCGUCGCCGGGCAAACUUUCUCAGCUGGGUUUGAUUGCUCGUAAAAACCCAAGGGUGGGAAAUUCUGUUUUUCUUUUUAACGGAGACCUAAAGAAGCGGAGAUCAUGCCACGGCGCACCGUGCAAGAAGUAACAGUGCAAGAUGUCCAGAAGCGAAGGAAUCCGAACAAACAUUACGUUUACAUCAUCAAAGUGUCCUGGAGCGAUGGCAGCACAGAAAUCAUUUACAGACGUUACAGCAAGUUCUUUGACCUACAGAUGGAACUGCUGGAUAAAUUCCCAGUGGAGGGAGGCCAGAAAGACCCGAAGCGCCGGAUCAUUCCAUUCCUACCAGGGAAGAUCCUGUUUAGGAGGAGCCAUAUCAGAGAUGUGGCCAUGAAAAGGCUAAGGCCUAUCAACGAGUACUGCAGGGCCCUUAUUCAGCUGCCGGUCUACAUCUCCCAGUGCGAGGAGGUCAGAGUAUUUUUUGAGACCAGACCUGAAGACCUCAACCCACCUAAGGAGGAACCCAUCGGAAAGAAGAAAUCAGGGUUUGUGGAGAGAGCGACUACUUUCCUAAAGCGAGGGGAUUCCACCUCAGCAGACCCUCUCCUCCUCGACCAGUAUGUGGCAGUGACAGACUAUGAAAAGCAGGAGAGCUCUGAGAUCAGCCUGCAUGUGGGUCAGGUGGUGGAGGUCAUUGAGAAAAAUGAGUCUGGGUGGUGGUUUGUGAGCUCGGACGAUGCCCAGGGCUGGGUUCCUGCCACCUGCCUUGAGGCACAGGAUGACCCUGAUGACUUCACUCUUCCAGGGGAAGAAGAAGAGAAGUAUUCAGUGAUUUACCCAUACUCGGCCAGGGACCAGGAUGAGAUCGACCUGGAGAGAGGCAUGAUUGUCGAGGUGAUUCAGAAGAAUUUGGAGGGCUGGUGGAAGAUUAGGUACCAGGGCCGUGAGGGCUGGGCCCCAGCCUCCUACUUGAAGAAGGCGGACAUUCAGAGCCAGAAGCAGUCAGCAGGUGCUGCUGCUCACGCCAGUACAAAUGAUCUAGACGGGUUUUCAAAACAGAACCAGCAAAACAAUGCAGCUAGAGAGAGCCGAGACAACAGCCAGAAAGAAAACCGGCUCUCAAUUUUCUCAGACAACAACAAAAGUAAAGUGGGAUCCAGACACAGACCUCCUCCACGCAGAGAUCUUACCAUUCCACGUGGUGCAAACCUACCCAAGCCACCGAUUCCUCCUCAAGUUGAGGAAGAGUUCUACACCAUAGCAGACUUCCAGACCACUAUCCCUGAUGGUAUUAGCUUCCAGGCUGGAGUUAAAGUUGAGGUUAUUGAGAAGAAUGCAAGUGGUUGGUGGUACAUCCAGAUAGAUGACAAAGAGGGCUGGGCCCCCGCCACCUUUAUUGACAAGUACAAGAAGACCAGUAAUGCCCUGCGACCUAAUUUCCUUGCUCCUCUGCCCAAUGAGAUGGAGAAGCUGAGGCUGGAAGAUGGCGGUUCUUCAAAUGUUUCAGGCACAGAUGAUAGCUGGUCCAAGCCUUUACCAGAUGAGCCAACCACAGCUAGUGAGUCCUGUACCCGGCCUAAGCUGAAAGACUGGAAGUCAAGUGCUAGCAAGGGGGCCUCUGCCUUCUCUGGGCCUUUGCCUCCAGCCCCAGCUGCCCCUCCAGCCGAGGAGAAACCAGCUCUGCCACCUCGAAGGGAGUCCAUUAAUAAGAGCUUUGAAUUGGAGGUAACAGAGAAACCGAGAUCUGAUCAUUCCAAGCUUUUGCCCCCAAAACCUCCAGCUCCAGGGGUCAUCGUGCCACUGGUUACACCCAAGGCAGCCCCCUUCAAACCAGACAAACCACCAGAGGCCAAGAAAGAAGAUAAGAGCAAAGCUCUUCACCUUCGUAAUGAGAUGGGUCUUGAAUGUGGUCACAAGGUCUCUGCCAAAGAGGUGAAGAAGUUUAAUCUGAAACCUGUACCUAAACAACCACCAAAACCCAAAUCUGAAGUGCAAGAGGAAAAAACAGAGUCAGCUGGUCCAUCAGUAUUUAUGAAGGCCAAGCCAGUGAUCCGACCUAAACCUGUUCCAGCUGCCAAGCCAGAUCCCCCAGCAGAGAACAAACUAGACAUCACCAACCUGAGAAGCAAGCUGAGGCCAUCAAAACCUGCAGAUCCCGGCUCUACGUCAGCUGAGGUGAACCAUCAGAAUGACAACUCAGCAGCAGGAAAUAGUUCUCACUCCAGUUCACCCUCUAGCUCUUCCCCCAUGCAUAUUCCUACUCUUAACAAUGGUAAGUACUGUGACGAGCCAAAAGUCCCCCCAAAACACAUUAAUGGUCAUAGCCAAGAGAGCUCAUCACCCCCUGCAAAACCAGGAGUGCCUCCCAAUAAGGAACCCCCUCAGAGACCUCCUGCCAUGGCUCCAAGAAGACCUCCUCCUCCAAAGAAGACUGACUCAUCCAGUCCAACUGAGGUCAAACCUCCAUCUGCUCUAAAAGAAGCCCAGGACAUUCCCAAGGUCGGACCACCCCCACUGAGUAGACCCCCUCCCCCUAAACCCAAAGGGUUUGUUCAGGCACCUCCAAACAAAGAGAAAGAAGAGACCAAGGCUAAUAAAGUCCCAAUUCCUCCAAAGCCCCAGCUGAAGAGCGAGAAGCCUGGCCCGCCCAAGGACAAGCUUCCACCUUUACUCAAGGAGCCCAGUAAGGAUGAGCUGUAUCUAGCUGUGGCAGACUUUGAGGGGGAUGAGCAAACAUCUGGCUUCAAGGUGGGUACAGUAUUUGAGGUGCUGGAAAAAAACAGCAGUGGCUGGUGGUUCUGUAAAAAUGUAGGAGAAGAAGUCGAGGGCUGGAUCCCCUCGAAUUACCUGAACAAGAAACCUUAGAGUGAAUUUGCUCUGAGAAUCAUUGCCAAAUGAAUAAAUAAAAAACUAAACUAAGUAAUUAAAUGAACAAAUUAUCACUAUUUUGUAGUUAAUUAGCUCUUUUUUUAUUUUAUUUUUUUUUUUAUUUAUAGGUACCUUUUUUUAAAUUGACACGUUUUUGUUACGUUUAAUUUUUAUAAGGAUGUUCUACCUAAACUGAACCAGCAAUAACACAUGCCUUUAUGGAUUUUGUGAUGUUUACUUGCUUUUGUUUUUAUAUAAAUAUUACAUGAAAUAUUACGUAAAGUUUGCUUUCGUUGCCAUGUGCUAGUUGCAGCCUGUGCCAGUCCUGCCAUUACAAAGGCUGGACGUUAUAACAGCGAUAAAUGUAUCUACACCAAUGCCUUCUAUGAUACGGUGCCUCAAUAUUAUAUGCAAAGUGCUUCAGUGCUUAAUAAACUGUAUGCAACUGUAGACAUAGUCCUUGUUGGAAUCUUAAAAAACUUUGACUAAAAUCUAAAAUCUACAUCACAGGAGAAUGCACUCGAUGUUAAAAUCCAGGCAGUCUUUCUCCAGCAGUAGACAAAAAAAAAAAUCCUAAAUCUCUUAGACAAAGGCUGCACAUGAGCUCAUUAGGAGAGUUCAGUGACUACAUCUGGGCUUUCAAGUGCUAUUAGCAAUUACUAAAAGAAAUGUCUUUGCCAAGUAGAAGUGCUGUUUAUUAUACUAGAAAUGUGCAUAUUAGUUUUUGUGCUAUUGUAAUGCUUUUCUUCUUUGACUGCAUAAAUUAAUGUUGCAGUGACAUGUAAAAGAUGUGCACUUUUUCAGUCAUAUCGUAUGAGGUAAGUUUAAGGUUUGCACAUGCUCAAGGAAGGGGAAGAAUGCCACAGUGCAUUUUAAUUUACUUGUCAUUGUCUUAGCCAUAUUUUUUUACUCACUGUAACAAAAUAGCCACCAAUGUAAAGAUGAGGCUAGAACAAUGAAACUGAGAAAGUGUGGAGGCUCUGUCAAAAGUAUUUUAACAUAAUCUUGUUCUUUCGUACCCAAAAAUAAGAAUUGUGAAGUGUGACUUGCUGAGCACAUCUGCAUAUCUGUACCAGGUGUCUGACCAGGCAUAAGAAAUUGGAGCUCUGCAGUGAUUUGUGCAAUGAUUUACAGUAUUUUAAAUGUACAGUCUAGCGUUUGGUGCUCAAAUAACAGCAAAGUAUGACCAUUGUAUAAAAAUAAUGUUUUACAUUAAUGCUUGACUGGUCUCAAGCAUGGUCAGUAUAACAAAUUAUUUUUUAUUGUACAGUAAUGAGAGUCAUAUCUGAACUGUUAUCACUUUUCUUUGAUGGUCCAUCUGUUAGGUCUUUUAGUCUGUACUAAUGAAGGGAUUAGAAGAAGAAAGAGCCGAGAGGGAAUCUGGUUGGAUUUUUUAAAAAAGAAAAGAAAAAAUGUUUUAGACUUACAAAAUAAAAAGCUAAAGUGGAAAAUAAAAAUAUAUGCUCAUGGUUCUGGACAUAAUAAGACAAGGCUACAAGCUGUAACACCAAUUCUGUUCUGCUUCUAGUCGCUUUAAUGUUAAACCACCUUCCACCUGUCAUUCAUGCAGAAAUGACAGUAUCUUACCAUCUAAAAAAAAUCUGAUUUAAAUAUACCUAAAAUUGUAUGUACAAAGGGCAGGAAGGUACUGCAUAGUGCAAAGAAAAUGUGUGGGUAGAUGGUGUCAUCGUUUCAGUAUUGUAAUCUUGUUACUUUUUUGCUAUGUAUUUUUCAUUACAUUGAGUCUCCUUUUACUCAAGUCAAUAAAAAUUUGAUUUUUUUUUCA